AUGUCAACUGCACAGGCCACAGCUGUCACAUUAUAUAAAAAGCCAUUUAUGUUCGAAAGCACAGGCUGCUACGACGAUAUUUCGGUUGAUCCAGUGGUAAUAGUCACUGACAGCGAGGAAGACGACAAUACCAGAGAUCCUAUGCGCAAUAAGAAGUGUAAGGGCUUCAAAGCCCCGUCGCCGGCCCGAAUGGGACGGACGAUGGGCAUUUCGGGGCCUAACCCUACUCCUAGAAAGAAGAGAACGUCGGUAGUCAGCCCACACCAGCUCUCGCCCACCUUAAAACACGCACAACCGAGACGUCUGUCGUCAGAGGAAAUCAUCAACGAGAUGGAAAAAGAACAGGAUGCAAUUGUCAUGCGUCUUCUGCGGGAAAUUGAUCAACUGCGGGAAGAAAACAGCCGGCUGAGGAAAAACCUUGGUGCCGCUUACGGCGGAGAUCCACAACCCGCCGUUUCCGCGUCCUUGUCGCGGCACUCGUCAAUUAGCAGUGGCAGCAGCAGCGUCGGCAGUGUGAGUAGCGGUGGAACUGGUGUCUCCGCUACCAGAUCAUUGAAUUCCGGUGCUCUGACUCCACUUUCUUCCAGAAGACCUUCAUCAGCAACUCACAUCGAUACUUUAACCCCUACUUUGCUACUACAGCGGAAAAGAAACUCUCUGUCCUCAGUAUCUACUGUUUCAUCCAAGAAAAGCGAUGAACUCUCCGACUACCACCUAUCCAGUGUGAACGUCCCCGGGCAUCACAGUGACACAAGUAUCGAUUCAAAUGAAUCUUGUAGUAAUAGAAGGAGGCGUUCUUCUGCACGGUCGCCGGAUAACUCUAAGAAGUUGCAAAGAUCAAUCAAUUAG